UUUUCCUCCAAAAAGCCGUUACCUAUCCAAUAUUUCCUCGCUUACAUAACUGUUAUUUGUUUCUAUUACCGUUAAUCAUGGUGCGGUCCUCGUUCCUCGCCUGUUGUAUCAUGUACUCGCUGGUAGGCGCUAGCGCCGCUGGCGGAUACGCGAGCCCUGCACCCAAUGGAAGUGGCAAGCUUGAAGCUCGCCAGAAUAUAAACGCGAUGCUUUCCUCAGCACUGGUCGCGCUUAAUACGCUACUCGACGCACCAACUUCAUCUGCUGUUGCUACAGGCUCCACUACCCAAACACCAACUACUCGAGAUAUCACCAGCUCUGUGCCAACAGGAGCCCCUGACUCAAUUGACUUUGGACAACUUCUGUCUCAAGCUGGAGAAAUAGCAAACAGUCUUUUUGGAGGAAUAGGAACAAACACAGCAGGUCCUUUUGCUUCUGUUGGUAACAGCAGCGACAGCGGUAUGUCGAGUGGAACCAAGAUUGCUCUAGGCGUUGCUAUCCCUCUCGGUGCCAUAUUGAUCGGGGUUGUCGUGUUUCUUUAUAUCAAGCUCAAGAAGCACCGGUAUGACCGUGAUUUGGCAUAUGAAGGCGAGAAUGCACAGGUUGUGCAUCAGCUUGGAGGAGCUGGUGAUGCCAUUGUGGAAGAGGAGGUGGAAGAACAACCACCGAGCUACAGCAACCUGCCUGAAAACAGAGUGCCAGCGUCCAAGUAACAGAUACUCUCAGCGUUUUUGCUCAAACAAACAGU